UUCCCAACUGUGCUCGUGGCUUCUGCAUGGUUUGGUAGCGGGAAACGAAAAGACUCUUCCUCUCCCCCCGCCAUUGCUGAAGAGCUCCAGGAGCUAGACGUCCGUUUUAACUAUCCAGAGGAGAAGUAGCUCUUGUGGUCGGUAUGGCGAGGAAAAUAAGCUGUGUUCUCUAUGAAGGAACCGACAGAUUCAACGAUCUUCCUGACGACGUUCUGCAUCACAUUCUCUCUUUCUUGAAGGAUGCAAAAUCCGCGGUUCAAACCAGCAUCCUGUCGAAGAGGUGGAGAUGCAUGUGGAAAGGCGUCCGAGCCCUCCACCUGCGGGAAGCCUCCUUGAGGAUGCGUUUCGAAACAUUUGUACGCAACUUCCUGUCCCUCCGCUCCCGCCAUGCCACCCUAGAUAACGUUAGCUUCAGUUACCGGAAGGUAAAGGAGGGUAGGUCAGUGGAAGAGGAUUUUAAAUUGUUUGAUAUGGUGUUGGGAUACGCUGCUGGCCUCCGAGUUCUGUCCAUCAGGCAUCUGUAUUCAUAUGGCUUCAACCCCAUGGCUGAAUCCAUCAUGAGUCACCGUCAUCACGAAUCUCUCGAGAAGCUCGAGCUGGUGGGAUGCCUCUGCGUCCCUCUUGGCACGAUUGCCAAGUGCUUUAGGAUGCUGACCUGUUUGGAAUUGCAGAACUGCGAUCUUGAAAUUUCGUCCUCCUCCUCCGACGAUGAUGAUGAUCCUUUUGCUGAUCUUCCUCGUUUGAGCUGCUUGAAGCUUGUGGGUUGCCGAGUAUGGACUGCUACGUUGUCUCCGGUUCGCUUGAGAGUGACGGGACACCAGCUGCGGAGCCUGCAGAUUGGCGGAGACGGUAUAGUAGUGAGUGAAGUGCUGGCUCCAAAGCUCAGGUCGUUCGAUCUCUCGGGUAAUGUGAUAGAGGUGGAAGGACUCCGUUUGUUGAAUCUUGCUUCCCUUGGUCAGGCUAGGGUUCACCUUUGGUGCUACCGCUAUGCGGUGGCUUAUGCUGCUGUCAUGUACUUGCUGGAUGGUCUGCGUUAUGCAGAAUCGCUCGAUUUAUGUUUUGAAGACAGGCGAAAUUACCCGCUGAGAGAAAGAGUUAUGGAGGCAGAGCACCCGAAAAGGGACUCGAAGAAACUAAAACAGCUGGGUCAUCAUGAUCGAGGUGACCGGGAUCAUGACAUCAUCAUCGGCAGUAGCAGGUUUGACGAUCUUCCCGACGACAUUCUGCAUCGCGUUCUCUCCUUCCUCGACAUCAGAUUCGCCGUCCAGACAAGCGCGCUGUCGGGGAGAUGGAGGAAUCAGUGGAAAGACGGAAUCUCCGCCCUCCGCAUCUCCAAAACCUCCGUCGGCGCCGCGACGUCGGCGGAAUUCAGAGACUACGUUUCCAGGAUCCUCCAAUCCCUCCGCUCCCACCACGAACCCAGCACCGUAACCAGCAUCAGCUUCCAGAUAUGCGGCACUUCGAAAAAGGAUAUGUACAUCUUCGACGCCGUCAUGAAAUAUGCAGCUGCCACCGCCACUGGUCGCCACCGUCUUCAGGAUUUGUCCAUCAGUUGGGAUAGACACAGGGACGUCAGGGUAGGCUUCGGAGUGCUAGCCGGCCGCCUCGCUGCCCAGUCUCUCGAGACUCUGAGGUUGGAUGGGGUGCGUUUUGGCGUGGGUUUAGUUGACGUCCAUAGUUGUGGCGGCUUCUUCGGUUCGCUGAAGACGCUGGAGCUGAGCAAUUGCGAUUUCCACGAGUUUGGUUCCGGGGAUCGGUGCGCGCGGCUUUCUUUCGAUGAUCUGCCGAGCUUGGAGUGCUUGAAGCUGCUCUGCUGCACGCCGCACAACUCUGUGGUGGUAUCGCUGCCGCAUUUGUCCGAGCUGGAGAUUAAUCGGUGUCCUUAUUACUGCUUGCAUUUCGCUCCCCACAAAGUGAUUGCUCCCAAGCUCCGGUCUCUCAAGUUGUCUGGCGACGUGAGGGACAUGGCUCGGCUGGAUCAGUUUAACCUUCCUUCCCUCGACCAUGCCAGCAUCCGGCUCGUAUGGAGGAAGCCGGUGGAAACACUUACGAAGAGGGCAGGAGAACUGAAUCGUGCAUUUGAAAACUUCCUGCUUGGAAUGCGCAAUGCGAAGUCCCUCGAUCUGUGUUUUCGCCGUAUGGCUGAAUACAUUAACGAUCCAAUGUCCAGGAGAAUCAUCCGGCAAGAAUGA